ACUGUAUCGCCGCUAGGGGUAGUGAUGGCGUCUGAGGCCUGAGAGCGUGGUUGCUGUGAGGGCGCGGGAGUCGUAUGGAGUGGGGACUAGGGCAAGUGAGAGGGUGGGAAAACCAGAGACAGAGGAGGGCGGUGCUGGAGAAGGGCGGCGCGUGGCUGACUCAUCCCUCUGGAAGAUCAGACUGACAGACACUAACCCUUGCCGGACCCGCCCGCCCGCCCGCGCCGCUUCUCCUCAGCUGGGAGGCGCCCGCCCGCACAGCCCGCCCGCCUUCUCCGGGAGCGCUCUCCCGGCCCGGCUGCCUCAGAGAAAGUUUUUGUCGUCGGAAGGGACUGGAGGCGCCACUGGCCUUUGGGAAGGGAAGGAGGACGGAAGAGGAGGCGACAGCCGCGUGGGCCCGGGGAGUGCAUGGUGCCCGGCGUCUCGGCUGCCUGUCAGGAGGACAUCGGGGCGGGGUCGAGCUGAGCCCAGCUCCUUCUUCGCGCAGCGGCGCCAGAAAUCUCCCUCCCGGGCUGCCGCGGGGGUCCUCGCUCCUCAGCCCGCCAUGUCCCGGCUGCUGCCGCUGCUGAGGAGCCGGACCGCGCGCAGCCUGAGGCCGGGCCCGGCCGCCGCCGCGCCCCGCCCGCCGUCCUGGUGCGGCUGCGGGCGGGGGCUGCUGGCGCUCGCGGCCCCGGGCGGCCCCCGGGCGCUGGGUACCCACCCGAAGAAGGAACCCAUGGAGGCGCUGAACACGGCGCAGGGCGCGCGCGACUUCAUCUACAGCCUGCACUCCAGCGAGAGGACCUGCCUGCUCAAGGAGCUGCACCGCUUCGAGUCCAUUGCCAUCGCCCAAGCAUGCAGAUAUCCCAAACCCGAGAUUGCCAUUGUGAAGCGAGCAAAGGAGUUAUCAUCAGCAGAGGCCCCUGAUAGCUUUGAAAAAUUGGAAGCUCUACCACCCACCCCAGGACAGCUGAGAUAUGUAUUCAUCCACAAUGCGAUACCUUUCAUAGGGUUUGGCUUUUUGGAUAAUGCAAUUAUGAUUGUUGCAGGAACCCAUAUUGAGUUGUCUAUUGGAAUUAUUUUGGGAAUUUCAACUAUGGCAGCUGCAGCUUUGGGAAAUCUUGUGUCAGAUUUAGCAGGUCUCGGACUUGCAGGCUACGUUGAAGCUUUGGCUUCCAGGUUAGGCCUAUCAAUUCCUGAUCUCACACCAAAGCAAGUUGACAUGUGGCAAACACGUGUUAGCACACAUUUGGGCAAAGCUGUUGGGGUAACUAUUGGCUGCAUUCUAGGAAUGUUCCCUUUGAUUUUCUUUGGAGGAGGUGAAGAAGAUGAGAAACUGGAAAAGCAAAAUUAACUCUCUUAGAAUACUUAUAAAAAGAUGUAAACUAAUGUACCUCAUUAAAUAUGCUGUCCCAACAUAUAGGAAUUAAGACAGUAACAGUGUAUAGAUAUGGGAUCAAAUAAUUCAGCAUGUGUUAUGGAAAACACUAACUUAUUGUGGCUUGGUUUUCUUAGGACAUCUUUUUAAAAAAACUUUUAUGUGAAUUGUUGAAAUGCUUUUUCAUCGGUGGCAGUCAACAUUUUACCUUUCCUUUUUCUUUCUUUGGAUACCAAAAUAUUGUUGAAGUAUCAGUCAUUGAUGUACUGUACUGACUUGGAGUUCGCCUGUUUGUUAUUUACCAUGUGUUUAUGCAUGAAAGUGUUUUCUGUUGUUGUUCCCUGUAGUUACAUUUGAAACCUGGAGAUUUUUUCCAAAUUACUAGGAUGUUUAAUAUUAGUUAAAGGUUUAUUUUUUUUACUCUCUUUUUGGCAACUUCAGUUUUGUAGUGUUUCAUAGUAAACAUUUACAAUCAUAUAAUUUCAGUUAUUUUUAAAGGAAAAUCAUCUAUUCAGAAUGGACAGAGACUUUAAAUAUUUUAAAUAUCUACCACUCAUUUUAAUUUUCUGACCUUAUUGUCUCAAGAGCCAGGGAUGAAUCAGAAUGAACAGUUAUGUAGUCUCUCUACUACAUAAAACCAUAUAUGUUAACAAGUGUAUUAUUUCAAGUAGUUUUUUUUUUUUUAACCUUUUCUCAGUUUUGAAUAAUUGCAGAGAGAUUUCUGACUCCUAAGGGAAAGUCAUUAUUCUAGAGUAUUUUUAAUGGGGAUUGUGGAAUUAAGGUAAACCUAAGGGAUUUGAUGUGACACUUGAAAAUUAAGAUACUAAAAAAAUUUUUGUCGCAGAAGUGUAAAAUAGGAACUGUUUAGAAGGUUUAUGUUGUAGGUGGUGAAGUUGAGGUGAUAUUCGUAAGGUUAAUGAGAAACAAAUAAUAUUGUUUGGGAAGGAUUCCCCCCUCCCCAAAUGUCUACUUCUUAUCAGAAUUGAAUGAGUUUGAGUACUCAUAAUCCUGAGGUUGUUUAUAGUAAGUUUUAUUUCUGGAAACUUCUUUGGAGGUGAAAAAAAAAUUUCAUAUUUUGCUUUUUGCUGUAUGUAUCUUAGUAGUGAAAAGUUAUAUGAGGAGAAAUUCUUUCUCCCUUUUUUGGUCCCUUUUCUUUUUUUGUGUGUGGUGUUUAAAUCAUAUUCUAGAUAGAAGUUAUUUAGUCCCAGUUUGUGUAUCUGAUUUACGCAUAGAUAUGAUUCAUAUCUGUACUUUUAAAUCAUAAAUUUUAAUUUUAUUAACCUUUAAAAUUUGUUAGCAUGUGGUCUGUUACACAUGCUAAAAAAUCUUGUUAGUGUAAACACAUCAUGGAGGAGAAAAAUAGAAAUUAAAAUUACUAAUUGGGCCACGGAAAUUAUUUAUUUUGUUAAAUGCAAAAGAAGGGAAACUUAUAAGAUGGCUCUAUUUACAACUACUUUAUUUUAAAGUUUUAUUUGCACAUACUUACUUUGAGCUCUUGUUUUCAGAGGAGGUAUUUUUUCUCAUAAGGUAAUUUGUCAUAAAUUCUCUUCUGUGCACUUCAAAAUGGUUUAGUGCUAUCCUUUUAAUCAGAUUUUUGAAGGAAAAAAAUCAUUCCAUAUAACAAAAUAUAUGUACAAAUAAGAUGACAGUCUCAUUUGAUCAAAUUAGAAUUAUAAAACUUGACAUCUUAAUGAAUUGUGGUUUAUAUCUUCCACAUAACACCACAGACACACCAAAAGUUUUUUUUAUUAUUUCAGAUGAUAGGAUUAGAGUGGUUAAAAAAAUUGGGUGUCGGGGGGUAAAUGUUUAAUUAUCUUUGUCUCUAACUUGUAUUGCAAGUCUUUUCUGUUUUCCAAAAAUGUGUUUUAUUAUGGUGGUUAAAUUUUUUUCUUAUUAUUAAAUCCCACAUCCAGAAACUUUGCCUGUGAGUUUAGAAAGGGCUUUUGAUUAUUGCUUUCCUUUUUUUUUUUUUUGGUCUUGAAAAUAAUCCAAUCCUACAGAAUCUUUCAGUUUAGCUGAGUGUCUGUAGAAUUAUUUAAGAUGUCAAACAUGGAAUAUAUCACCUUCAUACUGAAAAGUAUUUUAAUUUAUAAAAAUUUGCUUCACUUAGCUAUUAGUUUUUAAAAAACUGAACCCUUUCCAUAACCUAAGGCAUAUAUUUUUUUUCCAUGAUCUUAUUCUACACUAGUAUGGUGCUUUGCACAAAGUGACUUCUGAAAAAUGGUUCCCUUUAAGAUAAUGACUUCGUAUAAUCAUCAUUUCAUAUUACUUGUCAUGAAGACUCUUAUUUCAGAUUGAAACUGGAAUUCUUACUUCUCAUACUAGGUAUUUCUUUAUCGAGAGCACUCUAACAAUGGUUAAAUGCUACGUGAACUGCGUCAGUACUGUUUGUUUGAAAUUCAUGUUGUGUUGUCUGUGUGUUAUGAUUUAUUGACUUAUUGAUGCAUGUAAAUUGGGUGCAUUUUGUUGCCACUGUAUGUUAAAUGGUGACCAAUGUUUUUACAAAGGAAUUGAACCAAAAAAAAAAAAUAUCUUUUAAGAAGUUUUGGAAUGUGGUUUUGAUUUUGAAAUUGGAUUCUCUUUCUAAUCUCAGAAAACCCUGGUUAUUCUGUAGCUUGAAGGAAAUAGGAUUAAUAAAUGCAGAUUUGUUACAGGGGUGUAGCAGUGUCACUGCAACAGUAAAAGAAGGAACUAUUCACCACUUCCCUGAAGUCCACAUCUAAGAUACAGCAUUACAGAUUAUGAGAGGAUGAUCCCAUAUUGAGAUAAUUGGAUCUUUAAUAGGAUGUCAGCAAAGCUUUAGAUAGGGGAUUGGUGUCAGUUACAUUGAUGGGUAGUUAGAGCAGAGAUCUCCAAGCCUUCCACAUGCUAACUCCUUUGUUUACUCCUUUUCUCUAGAAGAUGAAUUUUGAAGGUAAUGAAGUUUACCUUUUACACCAAAAUUUCAUGUAAACCAUUUUGAAGUAAAUCUUCCUAAUUUUAGAAUUAUAUUUUCUGGCCAUCUUAAGAAUGUAUUAAAUGUAAUAUAAUGUGAUCUUUUUCUUGGUGGCUAAGCGUCAUCUUUAUGGACAUUAUUAUUGUGCUGCAGCACAGUACCUUAGGAAUCUGGUUUUUAUAGUUUUUCACUUCCCUUUUUUCCUUUUCUUUUUUGCUGCUCUCACUUCUGACAAUUGCUCUCUCUCUUUAAUUUGCUGCUUUAUGGCUUUAUAAACUUAGAAUCUAGGUAGUCCUGCCAUAAAUGAUUUGGGAAAUACAAAAAAAAAAAAAUGCAGGACUUCUUAAUCACGGAACUGUUGACAUUUUCUGCUAGAUACUUUAUUACGGGGGCUGUCCUGUGCAUCGUAGAUAUUUAGCAGUAUCCUUGGCAUCAAAUCCACUAAAUGCCAGUAGCACCCUCUAUCCACCCCUCAGUUAUGACAGCCAAAAAUGUCUUCAGACAUUACCAAACAUCCCAGGCGCAGGAAGGAGCAAAAAUCAUUCCUAGAAUGAGAGCUAUUGGGCCAGUCAACAACAGAUCAGUGCUCACGUAGAGAGCAAUUAGGAGAGCCAUCUUCAACACUCUGUUUGAAGACACUGGGGAGCCUCUAAGCAACUAGGAUAUGAUGGGUUUCCACUGCAUUCAAAUAAAUAAGCUGGGAAAUGGUGGUGGUGGAUUUAAUAAAUAUAGCGACCAGUGAUAGAUAACUGUGUUGCUCAGUCUUUCCCUUUAUGAAAUUGUUAUUGCAUACUGGGUGUGUAAAGGCAGAUUUCAUUUAUAGGUUAUUUGUCAGUUUAAGGUCAGUCUAUAGAAAACAGUACAUUCCCAGAGCUGAGUGCAGUCACUGCAUGGAAACUUGAGCCCAAUCCCAUGUGAAUGGGUGUCUUCAGCAUAUGGACAUUCUCAGGCUAAGGGUUGAAUCAGAGUUGCAGCUGCCAGCCUACAGCAACCCAGGAUCCCAACCGCAUCUGUGACCUAUACCUCAGCUCACGGCAACACUGGAUACUUAAGCCACUGAGCAAGGCCAGGGAUCAAACCCGUAUCCUCAUGGAUACUAGUUGGGUUUGUAACUUCUGAGCCACAGUGGGAGCUCCUAUUAAGCACUUAUUUAUUGCUCUGUACUGUAGUAUUUUAUACACAUUAUCACUCUUAAUCUUUAAUCACAACGUUAAGUUGGUGGUGUUAUUAUCCCUAUUUCAUAUUGGGCGAAUAGAGACAUGAAGAGGUUGUUUGCCCAGAAUGUCACCACCAAGUGGUUUAGAGUCCAGCUUUGCCCAAAUGUGAAGUCUGUGUUCUUAACUCUUUACUAUGCAAUUAGGACAACAUUUUCACGGACUCCAUGAUAUCUCUUCUCUGCUCAGGUUCCUUUUUGCCUCUGUAUUUAUGUAGUUAUUUUCUCACUUGUAAUCUAAGGGAAUUGUGCUGAAAAUCUCCAAGUGCAUUUAACAAAUCCUAAGUUUAUGUGCUAGGAACUGAAUGAAUAGCCAAAACAUCCCCAUCCUCAUGCGUCUUAUUCUUUGCGGGGCAUGGGUAGAAGGAAUACAGGAAAGCAAAUUACACUUAAAAAAGUAGUGAUUGGUCCUAUAGAGAUAAAUGAAACAAGGGGGAGAGAAACCCAUAGUCACAUGUAAGGGGUUAUUUUUAUACAGGGUGGUUAGGGAGGAGCUGAAAGAAGUGAGAGCCUAAACACACAUGAUACCUGGGAAGAGCAGGUAUGCUAGGUUUGGAAAGUUGAUGUUAAGAAAAAUCUCUGCCAUAUGAAAUAUAUUUCAUUUUGGAAUGUGUUAUAUGUUUUUUUUAAUUGAAAUAUAUUUAAUUUACAAUGUCGUAUUAGUUUCAGGAGUACCUCAGACUAACUCAGUUUUACGUAUCUUUUUUUCAGAUUCUUUUCCCUUAUAGGCUAUUAUAAAAUAUUGAUUAUAGUUCCUUGGGCUAUGCAAUAAGUCCUUGUUGGUUAUCUAUUUUAUAUAUAGUAUUGUGUUUAUGUUUAUGUUGAUCCUAAACUCCUAAUUUAUCCUCCCCCCCAUUUCCUUUUUGGUAAUCAUAAGUUUUAUAUGUUUGUAGGUCUAUUUCUGUUCCUUUGUAUCAUUUUUUUAGAUUGCACAUAUAAGCAGUAUCAUAGGGUUUUUGUCUUUCUCUAUCUGGCUCAUUUUGCUUGGUAUGAUAAUUUCUAGGUCCAUCCAUGUUGUUGCACAUGGAAGUAUUUCAUUAUUUUCUAUGACUGAGUAAUACUCCAUUGUGUGUGUGGUGUAUGUGUGUGUGUGUGCGCGCGCACACGCAUGCUCCACGUCUUUUUUAUCCAUUCGUCUUUUGAUGGACAUUUAGGUUGCUUCCAUGUCUUGGCUAUUGUAAAUAGUGUUGCAGUGAACAUUGGGGUACAUGUAUCUUUUCAAAUUAUGGUUUUCUCUGGAUGUAUGCCCAGGAUUGGGAUUACAUAAAGUGUUUCUUAUUUGUUUUGCACUAUUAUUGUUUUCUGAUUUAAGCCUAAAUAUUAAUAUUUAAAUAGUAAGAUUAGUACUCUUUGCAUAUUUACUGACAGCAAUAAGGGGAAAUGACUCAGAAACAUGGAAAUGCUACCCUGGGAUUCAUAAAGUCAGUGGAUAACCAGCCUAUCAGCAAGUAAUUGAGGGUUUGUUGUGUGCUCAUAAUGAAACCUUACUAACAGACCACUUGUUUCUCCUAAAUUAAUGAAUGCUAUUGGUAUACACUGAUGUUAGUUUUUCUCCUCUAACUUUUAGAAAUGAAGUAGUAAUUAAAGAGAGAACCCUAAGGGCGACUGGGAGUGGGAAUAAGUAGAACAAUCGUUAGUAUUUAAGGACCUAAUUCCUCCAUUUGACCAUUUCAAAAAUAAAUAAAUAAAUAAAUAAAUAAAUAGACAAAAUCUAAUAGAAUAGUCAGACAUCCAUAAUUGAUUAAAAAGUCUCAGCACGACUAGAAAUCAAAGGGAACUUCCUCAACCCAAUAAAAGGAAUCUGUGAAAAACUUAACAUCGAGCAUCAUAUUUAAAGGGAAAGACUGAAAUGCUUUUCCUCUAAGAUCAAGAACAAAGCAAGGAUGCAUAUACUUACCAGUUCUAUUCAAAUUGUACUGGAUAUUUUAACCUGUGCAAUAAAGCUGAAUGAAUGAAUGAUUGACAUUCACAUUAGGAAGAAAGGAAACCGUCUUUAUUUAUAGAUGACUCAAUCAUCUAUGUAGGAAUUCUUAAUCUGCUGGAAAGCAGCUAGUAAUGUAUUUCUCAAGGUGGCAGGGUAUAAGGGAAAUAUACAAGAAUCAAUUAUAUUGGGUUUUCCUCCAUCAAUGAUUGAUUGAUUGGGGUAUAGUUGAUUUAUGAUAUUAUGUAAGUUUCAGGCAUUCAACAUAGUGAUUCAUGAUUUUUUAUUACUCUUUGAAUUUUAUUACAUUUGUAGGUGUAUAACGAUCAUCACAACCCAAUUUUGUAGCAUUUCCAUCCCAAACCCCCAGCCCUUCUCCCCAUCCCCCAACCUGUCUCAUUUGAUGGUUUUUCAAAGUCUGUGAGUCAGCAUCUGUUCUGCAAAGACGUUCAUUGUGUCCUUUUUUAAUAUUCCACAUGUAAGUGAUAGCAUAUGAUGUCUCAUUGUCUGCCUAACCUCACUUAGCAUGAUAAUUUCUAGGUCCAUCCAUGUUGCUACAAAUGCUGUUAUUUCUUUCCUUUUAAUGGCUGAGUAAUAUUCCAUUGUGAUUCACGAUUUUUUAAGAUUAUACUCUUGUCAUGGCUUACGAAUCUGACUAGUAUCCAUGAGGACAUGGUCCAAUCCCUGGUCUUGCUCAGUGGGUUAAGGAUGUGGCAUUGUCAUGAGCUGUGGUGUAGGCUGCAUAUGCAGUUCAGAUCUGGUGUUGCUGUGGCUGUGGCAUAGGCUAGAGGCUACAGCUCUGAUUCAACCCCUGGCCUGGGAACCUCUGUAUACCAUGGGUAUAGCCCUAAAAAGAAACACAUGCCAAAAAAAGAUUAUACUCUAUUUAAAAUUAUCAUAAAAUGCUGACUAUAUUUCCUGUGCCGGGCAGUAUAUCCUUGUAACUUAUUUAUUUUAUACACAGUAGUUUGUACCUCUUAAUCCUCUGCACCUGUCUUGCCCCCCCACCUCUGGUAACCACUAGCUUUUCUUUAUGUCUGUGAGUCUGUUUCUUUUUUGUUUUAUUCACUGGUUUUAUCUUUUAGAGUCUACGUAUAAGUGAAAACAUAGAAUAUUUGUCUUUGUCUGCUUGUUUCACUAGCAUAAUACUCUCCAGGUCCAUCCAUGUCGUUGCAAACGGAAAAUUUCAUUUUUUUAUUGGCUGAGUAGGUUUCUGUUGUAUGUGUACACCUCUUCUUUAUCCAUUCAUCUGUUGAUGGACAUUUAGGUUGCUUACAUAUCUUAGCUAUCGUAAAUAAUGCUGCUAUGAACACAGGGGUGCUACAUGUAUCUUUUUGAAUUAGUAUUAUCAUUUUCAUAUUUAUUUAUUUUUAUUAUAGUUGAUUUACAGUGUUCUGCCAAUUUCUGCUGUGUUUAUCAUUUUCUUUGGGUAUAUAACCAGGAGUGGAAUUGCUGGAUCAUAUGGUAGUUAUAUUUUUAGUGUUUGAGGAACCUCCACACUGUUUCCCAUAGUGACUGCACCAAUCUGCAUUCCCACUAACAGUGUAUAAGGGGUCCCUUUUCUCCACAUCCCCACCAGCAUUUGUUAUCUGUGGUCUUUUUGAUGAUAGCCAUUCUGACAGGUGUGCAUGAUGUUUUGUGGUUUUGAUUUGCAUUUCUCUGAUAAUUAGUGAUGUUGAGCAUCUUUUCAUGUGCCAAUAUGGCCAUCUAAAUGUCUUCUCUGGAAAAAGUGUUUCUUUGGGUCUUCUGUCUAUUUUUAAAUUAUGUUAUUUAUUUUUCUGAUAUUGUGUUGUGUGAGCUUAUUUACAUAUUUUGGCUAUUAACCCCUGUUUAUAUAUAUUGGAGUUAACCUCUUAUCAGUCAUAUCAUUUGCAAAUAUUUCCUCCCAUUCAGUAGGUGGUCUUUUUGUUUUAUCAGUAGUUUACUUUGCAUUUUUAUUGUCAUAUAGAAGCAAUGAGCAGUCAGAAAUUGAAAUUAAACAGUAGCAUCAAAAAUAAAUAUUUAAAGAUAAUCUGACAAAGAUAUGUGAGUCCUGUUUAUUGCAAACCAGAAAACAUUGCAGGGUUAAACAAAUGUGCUAAGUAAAUAGACAGUUUUACUAGUAUAUUGGACGUUUCAAUAUUGUUUGGAUGUCAUUUAUUCUCAAAUUGAACUAUAUUAUUCAAUAUAAUCCCAAGCAAAAUCCCAGCAGAUUUUUAAACUCAUUCUAAAAUGUGUAUGAAAAUGUAAAGAACCUAGAAGAGCCAAAAUAAUGUUGAAAAAGAACUAAGUGGAAGAUUUACACUAUGUGACUUCAGGAUUGUUAUAAAACAACAAUAACCAAGAGAGAAUAUAGACUUAUGAAAUAAGAUAGACAUGGAUCAAUGGAAUUUGUCCAGAAAUAGACCCAUGCAUAUAUAAUCAAUCGAUUUCCAACCAAAGUGCCAAGCAAAUUCAGUGGGAAUAUGGUAGGUUUUUUUGUUUUGUUUUUGUUUUAAAUGGUGCUGGAACAAAUUGAUACACACACAUGCGCGCGCGCACACACACACACACACACACACACACACACACACAUACACACACACACCCAAAAAACCCUCAAAGCAAAAGAUUCAAAUUUACCUCAACCCUCAUCUUAAGCCAGUAUUCAAAAAGGUAUUAAAAGCGAAUCAUAGACUUAAAUGUAAAAGUAUAAAACUUUCUGAAGGAAACAUAGGAGAAAAUUUUAGAAACAUUGGUUGGCAGAUUUUUCUCAAAUUGGAUAAAAAAUCAAUAAGAAAAAAAAUUGACUUCCUAAAAAUUAAAAAAAAAACUUUCUAAAGAUACCAUAAUGAAAAUGAAAAGGCAAACUACAAAAUGGGAGAAAAUAUUUAGAAAAUGUAUAUCCAAGAAAGGACUUUUGUCUAGAAUACAUAAAAUCUCAUAU